UAGACAAAUGGGAGGGGUUGGGUAACGAUUCAUGGAAAAGGAUGAAGAUGCGGCGUCGUUUUAAGUAAUAAUCCGUGAAGAUGAGGAAAAGCUAAAGAGAAUCUGGGAGAGAAGACGAGAGAGACUUGUUGACGGAGUAAUCCAGUUCUCAGUGUUUCUUCAUCUUCCUCUUCCUCUUUCUCUUCUUCAUCGUCUUCUUCAUCUCCAUCUUUUUUUCUGAAUCAAACAAAUUCUACUUCUCUCAACUCCUUUAAUCCUAACCCCAUGCCCUCCUCACCUUCCAUUACAUUCACUUCCCAAACGUAAUAACGCAACCAAGAUCUGUAUCUCUUCUAAUUCCCCUCCUCCUAUGAUCGCCUCCGGCACCGACAUCUCCUCUUCCUUCGGCGUCGCCGGCGUCGGUGGCGGCCUCUUCUCCCGUUUGAUGGCCACUACACGCCCCAAUGCAGCCGUCGCCUUCACGGCCUUGGCCGGCCUCGCUGUGGUCGCCGUUCUCUUCUACUCCGCCAGUAGGUAAAAACCCAAAACACAAAUCUUUCAACGCAACUUUUUCAUUUCCAUUUUGCCUCCACUACUGCUCUGUUUUCUAUAGAUGAGAGCUCUUAAACGGACUCCAACUUCCUCUUCUCCGGAUCCCAAUUCCAAUUCUACUCCUCCUCCUUCAUCUUCCACAUCCUCAUCUUCCACAUCCUCAUCCUCAGCCUCCUCCUCAUGGGUUCAUUUGCGUUCGGUUCUAUUUGUUGUCACUUCCUCUUCACCGGCUUCUUCUUCUUCCUCCUCCUCCUCCUCCUCCUCUUCUGAUCGGGGGCGUCUUAAAUCACCUUGGUCACGCAAGAAAAGGAAGCACGCACUUUCACCCCAACAAUGGAGGGGUUUGUUUACGCCAGAUGGGAAACUUAGAGAUGGUGGCAUUAAGUUUUUGAAAAAAGUUCGCAGUGGAGGUGUAGAUCCAAGUAUUAGAGCUGAGGUCUGGCCAUUCCUUCUUGGAGUCUAUGACUUGAGCAGUACUCAAGAAGAAAGAGAUGCUGUAAGAGUUCAGAAGAGGAAAGAAUAUGAAAAACUUCGCAAACAAUGCCAAUCUUUACUGAAGUUUGGGACUGAGAGUAUAAAGUUAGAUGAUGAUGAGAUGAACUGCAACAAGGAGGGGGGCACUCAGCAUGUUGCUCAUGGAGAUGACUCUCCUACUUUGGAAGAUGUGGUUAGUGCCAGAGAAUCUAUUUCUUGUGACGAAAAGGGCUCAAACUUUAGAUACUUGGAUGGAACCUCAGGUGUUUUGUUGGAAGAGGAUGACAGUUCUAGACAGAUGGCUAUUGCCGAUGCUGAUGCUUCUGCUCUAAAUACCGAAUCAUCUGAUUCAGAUUCUUCUGAGGAUCCUGAAGUUAGUCAAACAUUUCCUUCCUCAGAUGGUAGAGAAGAUACUGAUCCUGAUUUCAAUUCCAAGAAUUCAUCUCCCUUGGUAACAGAGGUGACAUCCAAAUUUCGCAAUAAUGAAGACUUUACAACAUGGCAGCGGAUCAUUCGCCUUGAUGCAGUACGUGCAAAUGCAGAAUGGAUAGCCUACGCACCAUCCCUAGCAGAAGUAUCGGAUGAUAAGGCUAGACAUUUUGCCGAGGUUGUUGGUUUGAAAGAUUACGACCACCUAGAAUCCUGUAGGAUCUUUCAUGCUGCUAGAUUAGUGCCUAUUCUUGAAGCAUAUGCUCUAUAUGAUCCUGAAAUUGGGUAUUGCCAAGGAAUGAGUGAUCUGCUUUCUCCUAUAAUCACUGUGAUAACUGAAGAUCAUGAGGCAUUUUGGUGCUUUGUGGGCUUCAUGCGGAAAGCUCGACAUAACUUUAGGCUUGAUGAGGUUGGGAUUCGAAAGCAACUGAAUAUUGUAUCUAGAAUCAUCAAAUUCAAGGACUCUCACCUUUACAGACACCUACAAGACCUCGAAGCGGAGGACUGCUUUUUCGUUUAUAGGAUGGUUGUGGUACUGUUUAGAAGGGAAUUAACAUUUGAACAGACGUUGUGCCUUUGGGAGGUGAUGUGGGCUGAUCAGGCAGCUAUUAGAGCUGGUGUAGGUAAAUCAGCUUGGAGCAGAAUUAGGCAACGAGCCCCACCCACGGAGGACUUGCUGCUAUAUGCAAUUGCUGCCUCAGUUUUACAGAAGAGGAAAUUGAUCAUAGAAAAAUACAACAGCAUGGACGAAAUUAUAAGGGAGUGCAACAGCAUGGCCGGGCAACUUGAUGUAUGGAAAUUGUUGGACGAUGCUCACGAUUUGGUGGUGACCCUCCAUGAGAAGAUUGAAACUUCGUUUAACGAGUAAGCGGUUGAUUGUGUUCGGUUGCUAAUUUAUGUGCAAUUCUUCUGCCUGGAUCCUUAUCUCUCUAGGCUUCUGCUCCAAGGAAGUACAUCUCGGGGGUAACAACCAGCAGGAUGUUUCUUUUGCUCACUUUCUUAAUAGCUCACUCAAGCUCAAUCAAGUUGUAGUGACAGAUUUUAAUGAUGAAUCACUAUAUAAUUGGCAUUAUAUUGCAUCCUCACCUUCAUCUAUUUCAAUGGCUGCCGUAGCAUCAGUAAGACGGGAGUAGUGUAUCGGGAUGCACCAGUGAAAUGAUUUUUGAAUACUAGAAAAUGUCUGCUUCUUGGUGUAUCUUUAGGUGGAGUAAUAAUCAUAACUUUUGUUCUCGAUCCAUGAGUUAAUUUUUUUUUUGUUAACCUGGUUCAUGUACCUCAAAUAUGCUUCCACUUGACAAAAAUCUGUAUUCAAGUGUUUA